GCGGAGCCCGGCGCUGUGCCUUGUGUGUGCCCGCGCCUCCAGCCCCGUCUGCCGGGACACAGCGGAGCACAGCACCGCGGGAGCCCACCGGCAGAGGAGAAGCCAUGUACAAGAGAAAGAUGAGAGGCAUGUAUAUCUCUAAGAGGGCAUUAAGAAAACACUUUGACCCCCGCGAGUAUCCGAAUGAGACGUACCUGCUGUGCGAGCUGCAGUGGCGUGGGAGCGUCAAGUUUUGGCAGCACUGGCUCAGAAACGACGAUUACAACAAUGGCCAUGCGGAGCAGUUCUUCCUGGAGGAAAUCUUUGAGCCAAGAAGCUACAACAUCUGUGACAUGACCUGGUACCUGUCCUGGAGCCCCUGUGGGGAGUGCAGCGAUGUGAUACGGGAUUUCCUGGAGGAGCAGCCCAAUGUGAACAUAGACAUCCGCGUGGCACGGCUCUACUACGUCAACUAUCCGAGGAACCGCAUGGGCCUGAGGCAGCUUGACAGCUUGCAGGGAGUGACCAUUAAAGCCAUGGAAGCCAAAGACUAUGAUUACUGUUGGGAGACCUUUAUACAACCAGGUGUCAACUAUGAUUUCUCACCCAAGAAGUUUAAAUCAGAGAUACAGAGGAAUCGUUCGAGGCUCGAGGAUAUCCUUCAGGGUCUUCAUUUGUAGAAUCAAAGAAUCACAGAAUAUCUCAAGUUGAAAGGGACCCAAAAGAUCAUCAAGUCCUUCUUGCAUGACUACCCAAAAAUAAGCAACAUGACUUAAAUCAUCAUCCAUAUUAUAAACAGUUAUGUAGUAGUUUGGUUUCAUUAUAAUUUGUUUGGUUUUAUUAUAAAAUUAUAAUUGUUUUUAGAUAAUUAGUGUAAGUCUCAAAUUGCUUUUAAGUGUGGUAAAAUUUGUAAUUGCUUGUGGGCAAUAUAAAAGGGGAAAUAAGGCUUUUAAAAGAUGUAAGUGGGCUUGUGAAAGGUGCAUUUUAAGAUAUGAUUAUUAUUGCAAAAUGUAUAUGCAAGAUAGCAUCAGUGAAGAGCAGAAGACCAUGAAGGAAGAGUACCAAGCUUAAAAUGGCAUCCGAAGACCACCCUAGACUGCUGACAUCUGCAACAAUUGAAUUGUGCAAACGCUGCAAAAAUCUGAAGCAAGAUUGUAGUCAACCAGCCCAAAAUAAAUCUGCAUAAUCUUCUGAGGAAGCAAUACAACUGUAGCAGUACAAAAGACUGCAGACAGAAGAGGUGGGUGUGCCUGGCUGUGGCCAUGCACCCAGCAUAUGCUGUAAGUUUUGCUUUAUGCUUAUCCCCUAUUAGCAUUUACUAAAACUCUUAAAAAUUUAAGAGGAGUGGGCUUAGUUUCUGACAUCACUGAAGAAUCUUUUCCUAAUGUUCAGGCUGAACAUCCACUAAUGCAGCGUCAUUCCAUUUACAGUCCUAUCACUAAUCAGUGGUUUCAGGAUUACAUAAAUUUCAGGAUUACCCAGUCCCAAGUGGAGAAUGCAGCAGUUGCUCUUGUAACAUUUCAUACAGUUGGUGACUGCUCAGCUCUUCAGUAUCCACAUCUCUCUGGAGGGCCUCUUCACCCUCAAGGGAAUCCACAGAUCCUCCUAGUGUAGUAUCAUUGGCAAGAUUACUCAAUUUUGGUUCCUACAUUUGAUUCCCCCAUUCAGAUGAUUUAUAAGGAUGUUGAAGAUCACUGGCCGUAAAAAUGAGCCUGAUGUAAACCCAUUGGCUGUAACUUUUUGAGCCAUCACCCAGAUGAUUUUUUAGCUGCUCACGCAGAGCCCUAUGGACUUAUCUCGCUGUGUGCUGGACAUUUUAUCCUGAAGGCGAAGUCCUGGGGCCCUUGAGCCUCACUAACAAAGUGCUAUUAGCAAUACAAUACAUGUAUCCUUUUUUUUGGUGAAACAUGUAUUCCCCUUUCUGUAUUUAGAAUCUGGACAAGGCCAGGUCUGUUUUGCACUACCUCUAUUUUUUCUGUCUUUCCUUCUUCCUUUCUCCCUCUGCUUAAAAGUUUAACUCACUGCUGCCACAGGCUGCCCAAAGAUCACUGUUGCCACAUGUUGUUCAGAAAGGUUAAAUCUGCAGGUUGUUCAGAAAGGU